AUGUCCGCAAAGCAAGAAGUGAUCAGCGCAUCAGCUCAGGCACCGGUCGGCACCUUUUCGCAGGCCAUUAAGUACGGCAACACUGUCUACCUGUCCGGACAGAUCGGGUGGGAUGUGAAGACUAACCGAUUGGUGACCGAGUCGUUUGAGGCCCAAUUGGAUCAGCUGUUGAGGAAUGUGAAGAGUGUUGUUGAGGCCGCCGGCGGUUCCCUC